AUGUAUCAUGGAAUGAACCCGAGCAGUGGAGAUGCAUUUCUAGAGCAGCAGCGGCAGCAGCAGCAGCAGCAGCCCCAGCAUCAGUUCCCCCCGAGACUCUUCGCAGUGGUUUUGUGGUUUCAGCUAGCGCUGUGCUUUGGCCCUGCACAGCUCACGGGUGGGUUUGAUGAUCUCCGUGCUUGUGCUGACCCAGGAAUCCCAGAGUAUGGCUCUCGAACCCCCAGUGGAAGUGUUUUCUUUGAAGAUUCUGUAGCCCGAUUUCAUUGCCAAGAAGGCUACAAGCUUAGGGGCCCGCCAAGGAGACUGUGUAUGAAACACUUGAAUGGUUCCCUAGGCUGGAUACCAACUGAUACACCGGUGUGCCUACCAGAAGGAAACACACAGUCAAGGCAUUGGUCUCCAGACCCAAAUGGGCCAGAUUCCAAAGGAGAAACACUGUCCUACACAAGGUGGAACUCACAGCACUGUGGGAAGGAAGGUCCUUGCUUCAAAGGAACCUUGGCUGUGAGCAUUCCACUUGUGAAGGCCAACAACAGCUCUCAGGGAGAAAUUCCCCCGUAUGAGUAG